AAAUAUAUUAUAAAUUAUUUUUCCCUUAAAAUAAUUUCCUUUAUUUUUUCAAGAAAUUAUUUCAAUCUCGUUCGAACGAGAUUUUUGUUUACAAAUCACUGGUUCCAUUUCGGUGUAUAUAUUAGUUAGGUAGUAAACGGAACCAAUAUCACUCUCAACAACUAUAUAAGCACGUGAAACUCGUGCAUCGGUCUCUCAGUUUACAACUCGCUGUCCGAGUACACUUCAAAUUAACUCUUCGGAUUUUACAUCGGAAAUCUCGUUGUUUGGAAUGCCACGUGGUAGAGGAAGACCAGUUAGGGCUUCAAGGCCAGUAAAUACUGCAAACCAGCCUAAUAAUGUACAGACCAGGGGUCGGAAAAGGCAGGCAGAGGAGGACGGUGACUCCCUAGCAGAAGACACGUCUUUACAGUCCAACGCAGAUGUCUGGGUGUUAGGCGAUUCGUUGCCGUAUUGGGCCGGGGUUCACGCAUCUGACACUUUCAAGAGCAAUUUAAAGAUCGACGGUGUGUCCAUUGCAUGGUGGGGAAAAAGAGGCCUUGGUUGGUCGGGAUUGAGGCGUCACAUUGAAUUGCAGGUUCUAUUUUCUCAGCCACCUAAAAUGUUCUUAUAUUACAGAUACUUCCAUGGCACUGACACUUUGACAAGGCGAUCCUUCUGCACGAUCAGUCAAUGUAAAGCAAUCUACACAAUGUACCUCUCGACGGAAAAACCAUACUUUGCAAUAAGGGAGAAGACCAAACUUCAGGGAUCGUCAAUGUUUAGACUGUAACUGUAUCUGUGUAUUGUUUUCUCCUAAUAUGUUUCAUUUAAUCGCGGGUUACAUGUGUUUUUGUGUAGAGCUGAGAGACUCUAAUAGUGACAUGGAAGUUGUUUAGUGCCGGAAGUAUAGUGAACAUUUUACAUUAAUUUUAAAUCGUGAAGAUGUUAUGAAGUUGCUUUGAUUCUAUACAUGUGUUAUUUGUUUGUACUCCUUAGAAUCAAGUAUACAAUGUCACUCAUAUUAUGCCUGGGAAAAAAAUAUGUCGAUCGGGAGGCGGCCGUCUGGUUAACAAUCUUGUCUACGGUCUUAACUAUUACCGUGUAUUUAAUCAGCGUUAAUAUUAUAAAUUUAUAUCUUUGGCGUUUAAACUUCUAAAUUGUUUUUGUCGGGUAAAGUACGUCAGUGUAUGUGUCGGUAUUAAGUGUGACACAGUGUAUGUGUCAGAUAAAGUAUGACACAGUGUAUGUGUCGGUAUAAAGUGUGACACAGUGUAUGUGUCGGUAUAAUAUGUGACACAAGUGUUUUGUGUCAGGUAACCAGAUAUUGCUCUAGUGCUUUGGUAAUAUCUGUGUGUUUGUAAUCGGUAUUCGUACCUCAGGCUCCGUGAUGCUUCUGGUAGUUUUCAUUAUUUUACGGUUAUCGGUAGGAUAAUGGAAGGUAUCAGUGGUUGUCAGCUGGUCCGUGUUGAUGUACUAUUAUUUUGGCUCCGUGGCUUUGCCGGUACCCGAUAUUAUUAUAUGGUUAUCCGUACGAUAAUGGAAGGUGUCGGUCUUUGUCAAUUAGUUCGUAUUGGUAUAUCAAUAAGACACUGGUAAACAUAAGUGACUAGUAUUCUGUUAAUGUUUGGCAAUCUGUUGGUCAAUUAAUAUGUCUAACAUUUUCGUUCUGGCCUCCUUCCGUUCGGCAUACGUUUUUUCCCAAACUAAAACCACGUUGGUUAUCCACGUUGUUUUUCUUGAGUGGCCAUAAUUUCCCAAAACAUAAAUACAAACUUGAAUUUAUUUUCUAAAUAGUAAACAUUUUAUAAAUGUACCAUGUUGUUGUUUUCUCUUUUUCUGGUAACAAAAUAAAAUAAA